AAAUCAAAAUAUUUGUCUAGUCCCUUUGGCGCUUUCUCUUUUCUCCACCACUCUUCUUUUCAAACCUUAUAGUUACAAAAAAAAACACCAAUUUUCUUCAACAAAAAAAAAAUGGACGACCCUUUGGAUUUCGAGGUAGAAGACGACCUUCUCGUUCCCCUUCCAAUCAACAACAAAAGGAAGAAAGUUAUUGGGUUGGACGAUCUUCUUAAUGAUCACUACAAGGAACAGGAAAAGCUUGUAGAGAAACAGAAGAAGCAGGCAAGGAAGAAGGCUAAGGCAAAGGAAAAAAAGAAAUACGACGAUGAAGAUCGUAGGGAAGCUGUAUUGGUUCGGAUUGUUGAGAAAUGUCACAAUCAGUUGAAAGCUUUUGGAGAAGAAAAUGAAAUUCAAGUUUGGGGGGUGAAAGUUUUCGGAGAGCAGAAACCUUUUCCUGCUCUGGACUUUCCUGACCUCGGAAGUUGUAACCUCAUACAAUCUUUUAUGAACAAUAGACUAAAUUCCAUGGUCGAGUUGACUGUAGACAAAGGAGAUAGCUUUCUUGAAAGUUUAUUAGUCAAUGGCUGGCUUUCAAAAUUAGCUUUCCUUUCUGGCCUUGUUGAAAAACCUGUAGCUAUUUGGGCCUUCAACACAAUGUUAUACUCGUCAAAAGAUGAACUCCGAAAUUCUUCCAGUGACUAUUGGUGCACAAUUCUCUCUUCUAGAAAGGAGGUUGAUCAACUUUCUGUCAAAAUUGAUUGGUUUCCAGAGUACUCAGAUUUGAGAAGUGCUCUUAACAUUUACGGGUUCCUCUUUAAGUUUUCAUCCAUCUCCGAGCAUGAAAGUUCAGAUUCUAACCAUGGAGGUCCACCCCAAAAUAUUAGAGCCUGGAUCAGAUUUGUCACUUCUUGUUGUCGGAUAAGGAAUACAAAAGCUUUUUUCACAACUGUAGAAGCUGAAGAGAUAGUUGAAAUUAUUAUAUGUCUAUUCCUAGAUCGCCGGCUUCAGGGGUUGCUGGUGCUUUUAAGCGACUGCAUUCAAGCAACCGUCAAUUACUUCACUGACCAAGAAUGGUGCACAAGUUGCGAAAACAUAGCAAAGUUCAUUGCUUGCAGAGUCUCGAAGGAUUUGAAUUGUAUCCAGGUUGUCGAAUGUGUUUCAAAAGACAGUUCUCGUUGUAAGCAACUUAGGAGCGCUAUCGCCUAUCAAAGCCUGCUUCAUUGUUUUGACGAAGCCAACAGUGGAGAAGAGAUCAUCAGAUCACUUGAUGAAAUUAACUUCAAAGAGAAAAGUUGCAAUUUCUUCGAAAUAUACAUUUACUUGGUUUUGACAGAGAAUUGGGUUUUGUCCAACAACUCGUUUGUCGAAGACAAUCCAGAAAUCUACGAGAUGUUUUGUUCUUUUCUUAGACAUUGUUCUACCUUAAUUUCAGCGACAGACCUACGAGCUUACGCAUCAAAGGUUCGUCAUAAGGCUUCGUAUCUUCUGCAUUUCUACGUCUAAAAAAAGACUAGUACAAUAUCUUCAAUACAGGGUCGGUAUCGUGUUUUCAGUGUCCGUGCUUCAUAACACAUAUGUGUUGUAACUUCAAUAUUUGUUUAGGUAGAUUCUUUAUGAUAUUGUCUGCAUUUUGAAUAACUUGAAAAUGUGUUUAUAUGUUAGGCAACUUGCAAUAUAGAGUAUUAGUAACUAAUUUUGAUUAAAUUGAUAGUUAAGCAGAAAUAUAUGUUUUCACUCAUUCACAAUAUAUAACUAGUUUUUAAAGUAGAAAACCAAACUUGUAAAAAUCAAAUGCUCUCGGUAUCAAAU